AUGGCAAGCUCAUUACGUAGGAGACGAUCACCUUUGCGGCAGGAAGAUGAUCAGGCUGCCGUGCUGUCACGGCUGCUCUCUGCAGCGGCAGCGAUAACGGCGGCUUCACUCAUGGGCAACGACCACAGAGCGGUAUCUGAGGCCCGAAGCGUAGCGGGCGAUAGUGAAGAUGGAACGUUCGAUAGCUUCCUUCAAGCCCUCCAGAAUGGGAGGCUAGCGUCGGCGUUGAGGCAAAGCGGGAAUGACAACGAAGAAGGGCCAGAGACUCCGGGUGGUAGUCCUAUACCGCUGAACUUCUUCAGGAUGUUCCGAUUUGGCUCUUCUGCAGGGAGUCAGAGAAAUGAAUCUUCUUCACGCUCAGUCAGUCAGGGGAGUGGCCCCGCAUCUGAGCAUCGAAACGGAGACGAGGAAGAUGGCGAUGAUAGGAUGGUGCCUAUCAUCAUCGUCGGCAUCAGGACCAUCAACCCAGCCAACAACCCAGCCAAUGAUGACAGCAAUAUUCCUCCUUUCCUGGACGCCCUAUCCAGCUUUCCGACUCCUCUAGCUUCUCCUGGCGAAAACACCAUGGAUGGAAUGUUACGACAGCCGCCAAACGCCACAAGGUUUAGCCAUCGCCGACGUGCGUCGAUGGGUGGCAUGAACACCUUCCCAUCUAAUUAUGAUAGCCAGCGGCAUUACCGUUCUCCGGAUCGCCCUCGUCCGUGGUCUACGCUCGCUGACUCUCCUUCUGGACCUCUUCCCCCUCCGACUACUCCUGCCAGCUCAAGACUCUCUGCUGUGUCGUCUGGAACAACCACGCCAACCCUUUCAACUACCCCUCCCUCACCAACCGUUCAAUCAACUGCCCCCUCGCGCCGCAGGCGCUUCAUCCGAAGGGCUACAGGCUCGAGCUUGGAACCCACCGCAGAGGAGCCUCAACGUCCACAGCGGACUCCCCGCCAACGACGAUUAAGCGAAUCUGACUUCACCAGGUUUGGUUCUGGUGCUUCUCGCAGGAAUGGCGUUGUUGAACCUGAUCAUAAUCCAGGGGAGGGUUCAAGAAGCUGGAUCAUCUAUGUGUUAGGAGGCAGCUACCCUGAGAAUCAUCCUAUCCUUACGACCCCUAGUCUUUUCACUGAUUCGCCGACGUACGAGGAUAUGCUUCUUCUCUCUACUUUGCUUGGGCCAGCCAAACCCCCCGUUGCCACAGAAGAAGAUGUUGCUGCGGCCCCUGGUCUGUACUUAAUUCAUGAGCAAUGUGGAACUCUGGUGGCGGAGGCUGUUGAGGGCGGCGAGACAUUCCGUCUUGCAGCUGACCAACGUUGUCUAGUCUGUCUGUGCGACUUUGAGGCGGACGAGGCAGCACGGAAACUGAUUAAAUGCGGACACUUGUUCCAUAAAAUUUGCAUCGAUCAGCAGUGGCUCACUACCGGGCGCAAUUCUUGCCCACUUUGUAGAAGCCAAGGAGUGGAUGAGAAGACAACAAAUGGUUCUCAGCCAACAACCCCAGAUAUCGCUGAUUUAGCCAAUUCACAGACACUUGCAUAG